AGCAGCAGCAGCCAUCGCCGGGGCGGCCCCCGGCGCUUCCACUUUCGCUCCAGCAGCCUGGCGAGGCGAGCGGCGCCUCUGGGCCGGCGGGCGAUGCCGGGGGCCGGCGGGCGGCUGGUGGCUGCGCUCUGCGCGCUGUCGGUCUGUCUUGGUUGUCAGCCGAAGCCCCCUUUCCAAAUUAUUGGCGUUGAUGGAAAAGAAGCCACUCUGGAGCCAAAGGUGAAUGGCAGCCUGACAGAAAUCUCAUGGAAGAGAGGAAGGGAUAAAGUAGCAGAAUGGGAUCAGAAGCUCUGGUUUACCCCUUCUUUAGAGGGCAGAGUAAAGCUAGAUCCAACGUCUGGCAGACUGACUUUUGUAAAACUACAGUUGAACGAUACUGGAGAAUACAGAGCCGAAGUCUUAGUUGGAGAGGAAUACCAGUGCACCUUCUUCUCGCUACGCGUUUUAGACCGUCCCAAACCACCUCAGUUAAACUGCACAGCUACUGACGGUCACAUCCAGGUGAGGUGUGCGCUAGACACCCGGGAUGCAGCUCAAAAUAUAACCCCAUCAUACAAGUGGAAAUACCAGAAAAGCAGCAAAGAGAUUCCAGAAAACACCUCUGCAAUUCUGCUUGAGAAGGAUGUAGACCGUUCUGAUAUUAUCACAUGCACCAUCGGCAUUUAUAGCGCAAAAGCCAAUGGGUCCAUCAGUCUGAAAGAUUGUGCCCCAGAAGGAGAUGCUCCUCAGAAAAGAGACAGGACAAUGUUACUCAUUCCAUUUGUACUCAUACCUGCAGGAAUGGUGGGAAUACAUUGCUUGUGGAAAUGUGGUGUGUGUCUGGCGCUAUUCCAGUCAACAGAUGUGACUGAAGGUGCUGAGGCAAUUCCAGAAAACCAGCGUCUUCAGGAAGAACGUUCUAGGCACUUGGAAGAAGGCAGCGGAGAAAAAGCUUCUGCGCUUGGCAGCUGAGCAUCAGAAGGAGGGAGAGCAGUCCAGUGUCGCGGGACCCCAUUUUGCUCUUGCUGUCUGCUUAUAGCAUUUACCCUCCUUAAUUUAUUGAAGGACUGUCUUGAAGAGGAACUUGGAGUAUGCAGUGCCUCCUUGAGAAAUGACUUCAUUCUGAUAAAAAAAUACAUGCUUGAGUUUUUUUUGCACUGAAGCUUCUCAAGACGGACAGAUGUUUUUCCAAAAUUCAGUGCUUCCCGCCCCUCCUUCUGAAGCAUGGGAGGGGCACACAACAUGCAGCCCCCAUCUGGCAGCCACAUGGCACUUGACAAAUAUUGCUGGAGUCCCGGAUCCUGAGUGCGCCCCCUUCUGUCGGAGAGGCCCUCUAGGAAUUGCUCUCCUUCCUGCGACUGACCCUCAUUUUGAAUUCCCUGUGCAAUUCUGUACGGAUUUCCUGGGGAUAUAAUGAGGCUUACUUCUGAGCAAAUAAGGAUAACGAAUGUCUGUUACCUAGUUUUUAGGACUCUGGCCUUGUGACAAGCAGUGUGUGAUGCUUGCUUGCAGAAAUGCCCCUCCCUUAAUCCAAAGCGCUUAUGCAUCGCUGCUGUCAUCACUGAAAAUUUGCACAGGGGCAGAGCCUGGUGCAGUCAUGAAGUGGAGCCUGAUGUGGCCUGCUCAGCUGCAAUCCCAUCUUCCUCAUGACAUCGAUUCAGGUCAGGCUACGGGGCAAGGAUGGCUCUGUUGGCUUUAGUUGAUGAUCUCUGUCUGAAUGUAGACAAAGACCAUUCUUCCUUGUUGUUCUUCUUGGAUCUGCCUGCAGCCUUUGAUACAGUAGACCAUGCUAUCUUUUGUUUAAAAAAAAUAAAAAAUAUUUUUAAAAAUAUCCUUUUUAAAACAUAUAUGUACAGGGCUUUUUUUCUUGGAAAAGAGGUGGUGGAACUCAGUGGGUUGCUCACAGAGG